AUGACACUAAUUAAUGAGCCCAAAGCAAAAACAGGUAAAAUAUUUCACUUCGAUUUAUUAUCUGUUGCUGAUUUCUGUUUCUACGUAGGUGUAAAAUGUGGAGGAAUCCUCGCUCCUUCCUCCAGCGGCAACAUCUCCAGCCCUAAUUUCCCAGGUCUUUACCCGUACAACGUCGAUUGCUCCUGGCUGAUCGUGGUGUCCGAGGGUUCGUCCGUGCUGCUGACGUUCCACCACUUUGAGCUGGAGUACCAUGCCGACUGCGCCUACGACUACAUCAAAAUCUACAACGGCGUCUCGGAGGACGAGGGCAACCUUCUGGGGAAGUUCUGUGGAGACGCCUCGCCUCCUCAGUUCAGCUCCUCCUGGAACAUCAUGUCCAUCAUCUUCCACUCCGACCGCCACGUGGCUCAUAAAGGCUUCCUGGUGGGAUACAAGAAAGAUACGUGUGGCGGCGUGUUGACGGGACUCUCGGGUGUAAUCUCCAGCCCGGGAUACCCGCACGAGUACAGUAAUAACGCCGAGUGCUCGUGGACGAUCCACGUGUCCAACCGCAGCGUUGUCACUCUGGUCUUCCUCGACUUCCAGCUGGAGAAUAACGAAGGCUGUAACUUUGACUACAUCGCACUGUUCGACGGCCCGACAGUCCAACACCGUCACAUCGGGAAUUACUGCGGUAACCAACAACCGCCCAACACCGUCUCCACGUCCAAUCAGCUGCUGAUCGUGUUUAAAUCAGACUUUAACAUUGGAGGAAGAGGAUUUAAGGCUCAUUAUUACUCAGGCGAGUGCCAGCAGGUGCUGAAAGCGAUCAGCGGGAACUUCACCAGCCCCAGUUACCCCAACAUCUACCCCAAUAACAUGAACUGCCACUGGAGCAUGGUUCUGCCCCCGGGCUACAGGAUCAAACUGUUCUUCCCGGUCAUGGAGCUGGAGGAUCAGAACAGUCUGAGCGACUCCUGCGAUUUCGACUCCGUAGCUGUGUACGAUGGCGAGAGUGAGACGGAUGCCUUGCUGGGACGCUGGUGUGGGGCUGAACAGCCUCCGCCUCUGACGUCGAGGGCAAACAAACUGCUGGUGGUCCUCAACACGGACCGGAACGUUGCGUUCAGGGGUUUCUCUGCUUCCUAUACGGGAGUGGUACCAGUGAAUGUGAGCUGCACCAGAACCGAGUUUCAGAUCCAGAUCUCCCAGCAGGCUUUGCCCCAGCUGGACCGCGACAGUGUGUAUCUCGGAAACCCGUCCUGUUCGGCACAGAUGACGGCGACGAGCUACAAGAUUCUGGCUCGCUUCGUCAACUGUGGAACUGCUGGUCAGAAACGUCACAACAUCACCAUGCUGGUGAACACGCUCUACAUCGACUUCUCCGACGGAAAACAGCAGAGCGUUCAGGAGUACGAGGUGCAGUGCGAUGCGCAGAGGAAGGUGGCGUCGGUCAGCAUCAUCUCAGCGGAGGAUCGGAUCCGGAUGAACGAACUCGCCCGACUCGCCGAGGAGUCGAAGAGCCUGGAGAGCGCACAGAGAGCCGAGCCUGAAGCUCACGAGACCAGCGACAUCGUCUUCAUCAGCGUCUGCGUGCUGGCCGUCAUCCUCAUGCUCAUCGCCAUCGUGUGGCUCGUGCUCCUCUAGAGACUCAGAUGGCUUUUAACCCUUACAUAUAUAUCUAUAUACAUGACAGGUUAAAUCCGAUCUUUCUGUCUUCACAGUUCGAGUUCAUGUCUUCGAGUCAAGGCAAAUUUUAUUUAUAAAGCACGUUUAAAGACAACAGUACAUGAUCCAAAGUGCUGUACAUAACAUCAUAAAACAUCACAUUAAAUAACAUCAUAAGACAAAGAAUAAAAUCUGACUCAGUGUGAACUCUUAAAAUGAACUGCAAACCACAGCACUAUUCUGAUUGGUCAUCAGGUGUUGAUUAAUUCUCUAGAACAGCAGCUCUGACAGUAGCGCAGGUUUAUAUUAAUGCGCUCGUUCUAAUACGAUAUCGUUUCCAUAGUAACAGCUCAUUCACAGGGACUUGUACGGCGGACGCUCCACAUAAACAGAUUAUAAAACGUAUAUAAUCGUCUUUUCUGUGAGGAGAUGUUUGUUUAACAUGGAGAAUGGAAGGAGUCUCCAGUGUCAGCGCUUUGUAACAGUCAGAGGUAAAGCUGUAAUGUUACGUUUUCUGACAUCUUCAGGACAGAGGAGUUUACGCUUCUUUGCGGUUUCUCGGU